GUAUAGACCCAGGGCACCAGGUGACACCAGUGACACAGGUGAUUGUGGUCACACUGAUUAACUCACACAGCAGGAACAGGAAACAGACAGACGUAACAGUGACAUUACAAAGUGGGUGAAACGUCACUGUUCAAAAAAAACAUCACUGUUUGAUUGUAGUAACCCUGCACCCCAUACUGGGUAGCUUCACCCAUGCUACCACUCCUAUUCUCUAGUCUAGUCACACUCCUAGUCACUUCCUGUCUUUCUGCCAUUUUUUCUUCUAGCAAUCAUACAUAUUGUAUUUUAUCCCCGCCUUCUGUCUGUGAAUAAUCAUCCCAUCAUCUCUGUUUACCUUCCACAUGAUGGCCACUAGAAUCUAACCUCAACAACUCAACAGCAUGUGCCAUGCAAACUGAUCUCUUGAAACGGUUCCCCAAACCUUCCUGAGCCAUGCCAAUAUUUUACAAAACAAAAUACAACCACACACCACCAAACAAAAAUAUUCAAAAAAAUAUUUUUUUUUGCAAUGAAAUAUAAUUAUCUUCCAGAUUAAAUUUACUCAGUCAGUGUGAAACCUGGGCCUGUUUAGUUGAACACAGCUUUGAUAUACAGUCACAGGAAUUGAAGGAAUACACACACAGAGAUCUCCUUCAAUAGCUUUGAGUCUCCCUCUUCUUUUUAGGGUUUUUAAGCCACCUGUGGCCACAUAGUGUGUAUAUAAUUGUUUUGCCUGUCAUUGUCACAUAGAACUAACAAGAACAUGUAUUUGCAGUAAAUAAAUAAAUACUGGUUUUCAGAGAAAUUGUGUGGAACUGGAUUAUUUUCCAAGGUACUCCUGAUGAUCUCUCACGACACACUAGUGUACCACAAAACAGUGGUUGGGAAUCACUGUCUCUGGACGUUUUAAUGUCUGAACUGAAACACUACAGUGGAAUGAAAUACCACAAAUGCCAUUCAUAUUAAGUUUUAGACCUUAGUAGUCUGACGCCGGUCUUAACACAGGAAUUUAAUAAGAAGAUUGAAAAAAUUACAGUAAAUGUGUGUCCUCAUGAACACACACUUACUGUGGAUCUUAUUAAAGAUCCAUAUACAGUGCAUGCACAAUAUUACUGUAGUUUGUACAAUUGUAGUAUCUUAAAUAUAGGUAGCAUUUUUAGCAAUUGUGUACCAGUUUUGGCUAAUGUUUCAUAUUUAGAAUUAUUUUUUGUUAAUUUCCAACUAUUGUAUUACUAACUACUACUAUUCUAUUACUUUUCUAUUAAGUUUUUAUUUUUACUAUACUUUUACCUCAGGUAUUUUGAGGAACUGCUUCAUUUUCAGUUAGCUGUAAAUGUCCAUUUUUUUAUCCUAUGUCUAAAUGAUCAGCUAGCCUGUAACCUUUUUCAAAAUUUGUGACCAACGUUUAAUCCACUUGAAAUGUGUACAUAAAACCAUCUGCAAGGUGUGAAAUACAUUUCAUUUUCUCAUUAACAAAGGCAUUUGUAAAGAAAAGUUAAAAGUUCAGUUAUGGGUUAAAUAUCAACAAAGCAGCUGAAUCUCUGGUAUACAAUUCUUGUGAACUGUUAGCUAAAAUUGAAGCUGUGAUUUUACUUUAAAAGUACUAAUCAAGUAACACUUACAGGUCUGAUGAUUUUGGAUACUGCCCUCGCCUCAUUUGUGGGUUUGAUUCCGGUAGGUUAUCCUGCUGUCAGUAGUUAGGCAGCAAAACUUGAGAGGUCAAGAGGGCUGAAAAAUACAGACCAUUCACCCUUCCCACAGGACAUAUAUCAGACAUAUAUCCAAAAAUAAAUAUAUACACAAUCUACCUUCUUGAGCCAAGGUAAAUGCAAAGGCAUUUUAACUUCCCUUUAAUAGUCCCAUUGCUGCCCCCUAGUGGCGAAAGUGAGCGUGGGGUGACUUUACCUUGGAGGAGAAGGAGGAGAUCUGUAGCUUCAGCUGAUGUUUGGCUGCUGAUGCGGGAUGUGUCCAGGUAAAGAGACCUCUCGGUUUAAAAAUCUGGAGCGCAGAGAUACAGCAGGGACGCUGGCUUCAGAGUUUUCACAGCGGAUAAGCGGCUGCAGGUCCGUCGGUCCACUUCCCAGUCCCGUCUCCGCUGAGUGUGUUGGAGGAAACAUUUCGGCAGACUUUAACGUCAGUAGCUUUUGCUGGCUUCAGUGUUGGAGCCUGAAGUCGUCAGGAUGCUGUGGCUGCUGAUCCCUCUGCUUCAUCUGAACGACUGCAGAGUCAGUGUUGCUCAGAGCGCAGCGUAUGAAGAAGGACGUGACCCUGACAGAUUUUCUGUGACAGCAAGGCCUCACAUCUACAAGUGUCGUUCACCAAACAUGGAGGACUUCACUUGCUGGUGGUAUCCACUGGACAACCUGACUAAUGCUGAGGACGUUUCCUACAUCCUCACCUACUCCAUUGGAAAGGGCCCCAUACAAGGAUGUCCAGACUAUGUGACUGCAGGUUCCAACAGCUGCCACUUCGACAAAGUCCACACAUCAGUGUGGGAGAUCUACUGUAUGAACGUGACAGCUGUGACAGCCCACAGGAACUACACGUCCCAGCAACACUGCAUAGAUGUGGCAGACGUAGUUCAGACUGAGGCUCCAGUCAACUUGACCUACAAACUGACAGACUUGAGUGAGGAUGACAGCGGCCAGAGCGUGUACCUGUCCUGGCAGUAUCCAGUACCUUCUCACCUGCACUACGGAUGGAUCACACUACUGUUUGAGCUACAGUACAGACCGAUCUCUGAGCCUGGAAACUGGAAGGUAAAACACCUGCAGCAAGACACUCAUGUGGAGCUAUUCGGCCUCGCUGUUGGCGACUACAUGGUCAGAAUACGGUGCCGUUCACGUAACUACGGCCUGUGGAGCAAAUGGAGUGACAUGCUGGUAAUGACAAUCCCCUCUGGACCACCAACAGGAAAGCUGUUAGUGGUGGUCCUGGUGAGUGUAGGUGUUGUGACUCUGGUGAUAUUUGCUGUGGGAAUACUCUUCCAGAACAAAAGGUUAAAAGUGUUCUUCCUACCACCUGUCCCGAAGCCACGCAUCCAGGGCAUCGACCCCCUGCUCCUGAAGAAGGGACAGCUGGAUGAGAUCAAUCAUCACUUCCGUACCUUCCACAGCUACAAAUCACCAAGUUACAUGGAAGAAAUCUGGGAAAAAGUCAGUGUGGACAGCUUCUGUCCCACAGACAUGACGAAGUCCAGUAGCCUGGUGAAAUCUACAAAUAAAAAGACAGAAACUCUUGUCAUUAAGCCAGAAGCCCCAGAUCAUCUUCUGGCAGAAAACCAGACACCAUCUGAGCGCUGUCAGUUAUCUUAUUGCUCUCUGCCUGCAGCAGGUUUUAGUCUGCCCCAACCUGGUCCUGACAUCAAAAUGCCAUUGAAUGAAAAUGUCAUUCAGCACAGUGACUCCACACCUCCUCCUGACAACAACCAUGGCACACAGCCUGAGUUCUACACUUGCGUACAACUGGUCAAAGAAAGCAGUCAGCUGCACCUGGUGCCGUACGUGGCCACAGUCGACUGCAAGAGGUUCUCAUUGCCUCUGGCCGAUAACUCAGAAGCAGGUGAAAUGGAGAAGAAACUAUUGGAUUGCCAAGUCCUGACCAAUGUGAAGAAGCUGAAGGAUAGUGAAAGAGCAGAGAUUCACCUUGAGGUCACCCAUCUGUUGCCUAGUGCUGCUGACUGAUGACACAGAAUGCUCUCUUAAAAAAAACAAAAAAAAACAAAUGUUCACACUACAGGAAGUGCCAAAACAUCUAAGUGGAACCUGUACAUUUCACAUGGACGGAUGGACGCCUUUUGAUAAAGUCACGGUGUGCUUCAGAAGUUCUGAUAAAACAUCACCCAGUUUACCUCUGCUCACAUUAAGAUUGAUUGAUACUUCAGAAGGACUAAAGCCAUGUCAAAAAAAGAGAAUAUUCAAAAGAGUGGGUUUGGUCAUUAUCUGAUCUCAGUCCCAUACUGUACAGAUCUGAGUUGUUAGUACUGCUUGAAGUUUAAAAAAAGAAGAAGAAGUAAAUAGUUCUUCUUUAUGGCAAGACUUUAUUGUAAGAAUAUUUAUUUAACUUAAAGUGGAAGUAUGCUGUUUUGUUUUCAUGUUUAAUGGUUUUGUGUUUGAUAGCAUUAAACAAACAGCAGUUGGUGGUGAGUACACAUUUAAAUAGCCUUUAUCCAGGAUUCCUUUUUUUAUAAACUGUCACCAUGACUGUAGACUCCCAUUUUUUUCUGUAAUCAAUUUUUGUAUUAUUUUGUUUUAUUUUGCACUUGUGUAUGGCUGUGAUGUAACAGUUUUUGAUUUUGUUGUGGUUGGCUUAGUGACAUAU